AGUAUAUCUUCUAGUGCAACAUUAUCAUCAGGAGUAAAGCAUUUUGUCAAAAGAAUAGGGAAAUGGGCCGUUGGUUUGGCAUACCAAGAUUUAGCUCUCUAAUUUUUAUCUGCUAUUUAUCAAUCAUAUUAUCUGAUAGUCAAGGUCGAGGAUACCGAGCCUUGUCAAUGCUACAGCCACAUUUAAUAUCAGGCAUCACACAGCAGGUGAUAGUACAACGCCCGUGUCUCCGAAAUCCACUACUCCUAUUAACAAUUCUAGAUCCGAUGCAAAAAUUGAUUUUUCAGACCUUGUAGCUGUCGACUCACCCGUUCUGGGUCGGAUCAAGAGCCUUGAAAUCGAUUUACGGCAGCAUCGUGACUCAGAGACACAGCUUCAGAGGCGAAUUCGGGCAGCCCGACAAGAGUUAGUCAAAUCAAGGGACGAACACCAACAAUUCAUGCGAUCUGGCGAAGAGCAACUCAAGUAUUUGGAUCAGGGCAACGAAGAUUUACAUGCUCGGUCACUUGCUAAUAGUGCACAAUUACAGGAGCUUUGGGGGAAAGAACGUGAACUUCAAGAGAGAUUGGACAAAUUGAAUGAUGAAAUUUUAAAAUAUAAAUAUGAUUUCUUGCAAGCCAAGGAAGGUUGGGAGCAAGUUCGGGCAGAUAGAGAUGAAACAGACAGGGAUGAGCUGAAAUACGUCCGGGCGAAACAAACAGUGUUGAGUGAAGACAUCAAAGAGACCUCGGAGCUGUUAGCGGAAGUCCAAAAGCAAAUGAACUGCAUGGAGGCAGAGUUUGGCGACGAACCAGUGGAAAAGCUGAGGCAGGAGCUUCAGGAGAAACGCCAGAGGGCGGAGCAACUGGAGGUUUUGCUUGCAAAAUUAAAGAGUGCUAUGGAAGUGGAGGAGAAGAGUGCCGAUGAACUGAUCUUUAUGUUUGAGAAAGUGUAUGAGAGACGUAUUCGUACAUACGCCGCUGAGUGCGCAGAAGAGCUUGCUUUUGAAGAAAAAAUGGAAAGGGAAAGAGAUCAAGAGGCGAAUGCCGCGUUGGAGGAAUAUCUUCGUAUGAAUCAAUUGUCAAUUGAAGCAGAAGAGGAAGCCAGUCGGGAAGAAUUUAAUUUGCUUACUGAGAAGGAAGAGUUAUCUCGCUUAGAAUCAACGCUCCAUGCUCUCAAGAUAGAAUUAUCUACGCGAUCCAACAGUAUUGCUACGUAAAUGGCUAUGUAAAUUGUAACUAUUGCGGUGCUUUUGUUCUUUAUUCACUCCGGAACUUCGCUGUCCUCUCAUCGUGCAGAUAAAAAACAUGCUGUACAAGCCUGGGACAUAUACAUACGGCAAUGCCCAUUUGAUCUUUCUCUCUUGUUUAGUGCGUGCAUUCUCCUUCAUCAGCUCCCUUGAUGAAGAAAAUGAAACAUAG